AAAAUAUUUAAAAAUGGUCAAUUAUCAUUCUAAGUAUAUGUUGGUAUACCAGCUAUUGUCUGCUAAUUCAAAAGCUAGUUUAUUUGAAGUUGUACAUUUGGUAUAAUUUUUCAAAUUACUGAAAUUCCGUUGCUCAUCGAAAAAAAAGGAUGGAUAAGACGUGGAGUGUAGUGCAGUUUGAGGAGGAAAAUGCAGUGGAAGCAGUGCCCUCCUCAUGGAUUUAUAAUAACAAAUGCUAUUGGCCGCCAUUUAAUAAGGAAAAACUACUAAAAUUUAUUAAAAAUAAUGAGGAGCCAAACACUUGCUGGCCACUGCACCCUGUGAAAAUAUUUCGUAAUGGAAUAUAUGAUGAUUAUCUUACGGCUAGGAAAAAAUGUCAGACUGCCGAAAUGUUCUCGGACCUCUGUUCAGAUACUGGUGAUGAAAAAUCCUCAAGAAAAAAGAGAACAAAAAAAGUUUUUUCGCCGGAAUCCAGCCCCAUUUCUACUAGUGAGGACGAAAAGGAAAGAGGCUGUAAGCCCAAAAAAAAUUCAUUACCACCGGCCCCAAUUUUGGUUGAAAAUCCUGUUCGUCUGGCUAAUUCUAAUGCAAGAGGUCCACGUUCAGAUGCCAAUAAUAUAUUAUCGCCGAAGGGAUCGUCAUCGUCUUCGACGUCUUCUCUAGGAAGUAUGACAUCGAAUUUAGGAUCAGCACUAGGAAAUGGUCGAGUAAUUGAACACCCUCGAUGUGACAAUACCAAUGAAAUCAGAGUGGACGUUUCAGCGACAGAAUCAGGCUGCUGCAAGAUGCAUGGAAAGCUUUUGACAGAUCUUGUCCGGAAACAAAACAUUUUAUUUCAAUACAUUAAAGAAAUUCAUGGCUAUACAGUUGAAAUGGAUCAAACACUCAAAAAAAUUGAUACCAAUAAUAAACCUUCAGAAAUAAAUGAAACUUGCAAAAUAAGUUUCAUUAAAGAUUUUAAUUUUCCUUUAAGCAACGAAGAAGAUUUAACAGGUUUUGAGGAGUAUUUAUCGAAUGAUGUUAAUUAUGCAAUUGUUGUUAAAGAAGUUGUUAAGAUAGGAGGGAUCGACAUUAACCAAUUCGUGAAACGUGGCCUGUCUUUCUGCAUCUCAAACCGAUUGGCGGAGACCUAUACUUACUUUGGAAAAAAAGGGAAAAAAAAUUUUUCAGAACUAAAACUAUGCAGUGUGUUGUUUGAUGCUGUUUUCAAAAAGUUUAAGGAUUCUUCUAGAAAGGACAUUGAAACUAGUAUCAAAAAUUGGAUGCGUAGAGCAAAAGAAAGGAAGUGAACACUUGUCUGCUAUCUUCGUUUUUAUUUUGGUUUGUUGGGUUCCUUUGAGAGUAAAACUUGUUUUGUUUGACAAAAAACAAUAUUUUUUUAUUGAUAUUUUAGUAGUUCCUAUAAGAAUAGUCGUUUUUUUUUAUUGUUAAAAAAAAAUAUAUAUUUUUUUCGUACUUCCGGGACUAAAGCGACAAUUUCACUCCCUCAUGACAGGGACUGAAGUGUCACUUUUUGUCCGUCCAGUAUUUUCGACCGUAUAUGAUUUAUGUUAUUUAAUAAUUUUAUGUUAAUGUUAAUUUGCCAAGAAUAACUGUUUUUUUUGUCUAAUAUAAAAAAUAAUAUUUUUUGAAAGUUUGUUUCUGCGGUUUAGUUUAGGAAAAGGAUAUUAUUAAGCUUUUUCGCAGAAUUAAAAAUUGAAAAACUAUAGUUUCAGUAAUAAUUUCGAUGCACAGCUCACUUAAUAAUAUAUUUUUUAUUUUUAAUUCUGAGAAUAUACUAAAUAAUUU